GUGGACACAGAGAGGGAGAGAUGGGGAGCACCAUGAAUGACAUUUUUGUGAUGCCACAACGCACAGUACAUCCAAGACGACACCGUUCUGAACGCUGCUCGAGGAUCCUCCACAUCUCAGGCUGCAGCUAUGAGCGUCCUACACUGGUGCAUGAUGGGAGUCACCCUCCUGUUGCUGCUGUGUGAGGUUGUCAUCAGUCAGGUCUGCGAGUCUCUGAUCACCCUGUUGGAUGGUUUCCACACGCUCUACCUCCUCAUGCAAAUGUCCUCCUUUUCUCUUCAAAGUUCAAGUGUAAAACUCUCAUCUCUGGGUUUCCCUGCAUCUUCACCCCCUGCUCCCUCCUCCUCAGCACCUCCUCAUUCAUCAGAGUCAUUACUUAAACCUCCUCAAUCACCUCCUCAGCCUUCCAGAGCUCCUCCUGCUCCUCCUCUAGACUGUGGUCUGAACUAUGCCAACAGCAGGAUCCGGCCUUUGGGGGCGCUGAUUUCUGCUCUUGUUUUGGCUUGUCUGAACAUCUCCUGCUUAAUAGAAAUCAUUAACUUCAUGCUGGAGCCCCGGCCAGGACAGGAGCCCCUGUUGGUGGUUGUGGCUGGUGCUGUCAGUCUGCUCUUUAAAAUGCUGGUGCUUGGACUGAGCUGCAUUCGGCUGCAGGGUGACCGAGUCCACACAGAAGAGAUGAAAGACACAGAAUCUCACAUUGAAGUCAAUCACAGAGUCUUGGCUGAAGGAGAAUCCAAAGGCCUGGUUGAGCGGGGCGGAGUCCUGGACAGCAUUGGAGAAGUGGAACCUGCUGUGGAUGACUCACUCCACAACGGGGCGCUUGUCCUCCGUAACCCAGACUUCUUAAAACUCCCUGACUCUGACUCUCCCGCCCCGAUGCAACAAGAUGGUGAAGCAUCAACUGGGGCUCCAGAUUUAAAGAUCUGCACGUGUGAAGCUCAUUUAGGGGACAUUACAGAGAUUCAUAAAGACAGUACUUGCAUAGACGAUCAGAAUUCAUCUAAACCUCCUCCAGCUUACACAUCAUCACAUCAGUCUAAAAGCCCCAUACCCAACAGCCAGCAGUCAGCCUGUCUCAUCCCAUUUACCCUCAACAUUCAGGACCUUUUAACCCCUAUUCUGGUCCUGAUCAACAGCCUGGUGAUGCUGACGAUUGGACCAAUGUGCUCAGGACCCUGUAGUGUAUUGGUUUACAUGGAUCCUGUGUUAUCGGUGCUCGCUGUGAUUCUACUCACUGUUAAAGCACUACCAGAGGUCCUCAGAUAUGGAAUGCUGCUGCUACAGUCCACACCUCCACACAUCUCGGUUUCUGACCUUGGGCGGAGGAUUGCGGAUGUGCCUGGCGUUCAGGCUGUUCAUGACCUCCACAUCUGGCAGCUGACUGAUUCGUCGAUAGUGGCCUCUGUCCACAUUCACUGCCACGCUGGGUUUCCAGUGUACAGGUGUGCAGAUGUGUUGCUGGGGGUCACCAGGGUGCUGCAGAGUGUUGGUGUGAACUGCUGCACCGUUCAGCCAGAAUUCACAUCCUGCUCUGCACCGUCCGCUGCUGGCCAGGCCGACAGCGCCACAGAGAGCCCCUCCACAACUCCCCUCCCGACCUGCAGCCUCACCUGUGGAAAGGCCUGCGCUGGGAACAUGUGCUGCGCUGUCCUUGAAGAUGGAUGCAGGGGUCUGUCAGCGCCACCAGCUGGAGAAACAAAGAAAGACCGUCAGACACUGAUCUUAGAGAACAACUUCCAUUAAUUAUCUG